AUGGCUCUCCAAACGUGGCAGGAAAAAGCCAAGACCAAACGAAAUCAAGCCGCAGCUGCAAUCCCUCGGGAAUGGAGGCUGUCAGAGUCUCUUACACAAAAUGGCCAGACGAGCGUUCUCGAUAUCCCCGGUAGAUGUGGAAUUCUGAACGAACGAGAGUUAGAUAUUACCGAGAACUACGAUGCAACCGCCUUGCUUGAGAAGCUUGCCUCCCGCCAAUUCACCGCCGUCGAGGUGACGACCGCAUUCUCUAAGCGUGCUGCAAUUGCCCAGCAGCUGACCAACUGUUUGACCGAGACAUUCUUUGAAAUGGCUCUCAGCAGGGCACGCGACUUGGACAACUAUCUGGCUGCUACAGGCAAGACUGUUGGGCCACUGCAUGGUCUCCCUAUCAGCAUCAAAGAAUCAUUCAGCGUCUCAGGGAUCCCGACCACCCUCGGCUUCGUUUCUUUUCUUGACCGGCCACCACAAACGAGAGACUCAGCACUGGUCAAUGUCCUCAAGGCUGCGGGUGCUGUCCUUUAUGUCAAAACGAAUAUCCCACAGACGAUGAUGACAGCAGAUUCGCACAACAACGUUUUUGGUCGUGUUCUAAACCCGCACCGACUGAAUCUUGGAGCGGGCGGCAGCAGCGGCGGUGAAGGCGCAUUGGUGGCCAUGAGAGGAUCUAUCCUAGGAAUAGGAACAGACAUUGCGGGUUCCAUCCGGAUCCCUGCUCUGUGCUGCGGAGUUGUUGGCUUCAAACCGUCUGUAGGUCGAGUUCCUUACGGUGGUCAAUUAUCUGGUGCUCGCCCGGGAGGGACAGGCAUUGCUCCAGUAGCCGGGCCUUUAUGCCAUUCAGUCCGAGACGCGGAGCUCUUGCUAAAAGUCGUGUUCGACUCGAACGCGGCAGAUCUCGAUAAUGACGUGCUGGGCGUGCCUUUCAGGACUUAUCAACCCCGGUCCGUUCUCACCAUUGGGGUGAUGCCAGAAGAUCCAUUGUUCCCAUUGCAUCCCCCGAUGCAGCGUGCAAUGGAAGCUGCCGUAAAGAAAUUGGUUGCUGUUGGUCACAAUGUUGUUGAUUUGUCUGGUCAGCUCCCUUCAUUAUCUGAUGCAAAGGACAUAGCGUGGCGGUACUUUAGCAUGGACCCCGAUAAUACUCCGCUGAGCCACGUGAAGAGGAGUGGUGAGCCGUAUAUUCCAUCGCUCAAAUAUACCUACGACCUGACCGAAUCGGGCCGGGAGCCCACUUUGCGUGAACUCUACCAGUUGAAUACAGCCCGUGCGCAGUUCGUGACGCAUAUCCGGCAGCUAUUUGUGGAGAAGGAACUGGACAUCCUUCUUGGGCCGGGAUACCAAAGCUGCGCAGUCCCCCACGACAGCUACGGUAUUCCGGCAUACACUCUCAUUUCCAAUUAUCUGAAUUAUCCUGCCUGCGUCAUACCAUAUGGCCAGGCUGAUAAAGCCGCAGAUGCGAGUUUUAUCCGUGAUGUUCUAUAUCAACCCAAAUGUAAGGCUAAAUACCUCACCAUCGCAGGCUGCUAA